GUCAUCACUUGACGUAAAAACAUCUGAUAGGACACUGACACGAUAGUGACUACACCAUGGAGUGGUUCCCUGGCUCCAUACCACAGGCUAUACAGACAGCUAAACAAAACAAUGCACUGUUUGUUGUUUACGUGCGAGGUAAAAAUGAAGAUACCGAAAAGAUGGAUGAUGUCUGGAAAGAGGAAAAUGUGAUAUCUACCUGUAAAUCCAACAAAUGUACUGUUAUUAAGAUACAAGGAGACAGUCAAGAAGGAAAAUUCUUUGGAGAAAUUUACCCCAUACUGUUUUUACCCUCUGCCUACUUCAUUGGGCCAAAUGGAAUACCUUUAGAAAUCACUGGAGGACAUGUUGAAUCUGAUGUAUUUAUACAGAAUAUCAACACAGCACAACAGAAACUGCAAGAUAAUAUCAGUAAACAGCGUCCUGCUGCACCAGCUGCUGCUGCACCAGUUGCUGCUGCUUCUGAGCCCGUACCAAUGGAGACCACCUCUGCUACAGACAGCCAACCUGUAGAAAAACCACCAAUUGAGGAGAGGAUAGCAGUGGUCAAAGAAAAAAUGGAGCAGAAAAGAACAGAAAAACUACAGAAAGAAAAGGAGGAUGCUAAGUUGAAAGAAGAAGAGCGACGAAAAUUAGGGAAAGAUUUACACAAACUGAAACAAUACCAAGAAGACAGACAGAGGAAAGAGCUGGAGGAUGAAAUUAAGAAAGACAGAGAAGAAAACAAGAAAAUGAGAGAGAAAAUAAAGGAACAAAUUGCUAGAGAUAGAGAGGAAAAGGCACAGUUGUACAAGAGGAAGAAAGAGGAGCAGGAUAAAGAAGCAGAGGAGAAAAAGAAAGCUAAACUACAGGCUAAACAGCAAGCAGCAGCCAUGGAAAAUGCUAGGCGAAGUGAGAAGGCUCGACUACAAAUACGCCUACCAGAUGGGUCUUCUAUCUCUAACAUAUUUGACCCCUCCGACACUCUUGACACCGUCCAUCAGUUCAUCACAGCUUCAACAGGUAACCAGAUGUCACUAUCCACAAUUUACCCUAAGAGAUCAUUCACAGAGGAGGACCGAUCUGAAACCCUUGUGUCCCUUGGCCUGGCGCCUACAGCUGUUCUCAUUGCAGUAAAUCAACGGUCACAGUCUGCUGCUCCAUAUCGAGGAAGUGGUGAAGCAGUCAGUGAAGGAGGACUCUUGUCCAUGUUAAUGGCUCCCUUUAUGAUGCUCUGGAAUGCUAUAUAUUCACUGGUAUUUGGAGGAUCAGGGGCAACACCACCUGCAGGUCAGGAACCAACACAACAACAGAGAGCCGAACCCCAGCGCUGGAAACAACAACAGGGGGCAAACACGAGUCAUCAGAAGAGACAGAACACAAAAGAUGGAAAUAUAACAAGAUUUAGAAAUAUUGAAGAUGAUGAUGAUGAUGAAAAUGCAACUUGGAAUGGAAAUUCUACACAGCAGAUGUGAUGACCUUGUGUUGCCAUCUGUCCAGAUCUAGAGCAUCUUUGUUAACUGGGGAAGUGUUAUGAUACCAUUCCGUGAAACGUUUCCAUUCAUUGCCUUCUGGAUGAAUUCCAUGCUAUAUUGGUACUUUGGCAUGCCUUUUUAUGGAAAAAGUCCAUGUAAAGAAAUCAUUAGUGAGAUUUGUGUUUCUCCAGAACAGUAAAAUGAACUUCGCUAAGUUAUUGAUAUCACAAUUUGAAAGUUUUAAGCAUACAUUCAUGCAAUAGGGACAGUGCAUAAAGUAAACCAGAAUUAUUUCUUGAUCAUUAUUAGGAAGAUUUAAAGGGAGAUAACUGUUACUCAAGUGACCAAAAUGUUAGGUACAACAUUUGUACAUGUAUAACUUUAUUUAAGUUAAUUAUUAUUGGUGUGGAAAUGAUUUGUAAGAAUGAAAGAUGGUUUGAGGUAAAGCAGACAGUUUUGAAAUACAUGUAUGUAUACAAGAUGGCAGUUGAUGGUUUAUCAUUUUGAUAUUAAUAGAAGUUUGUAAAUUUCCUAGAGUUUAAUUAUUGUAGUGUUGUCAUAGCUACAAUACUGAAUUGAAUAAUUAUCAUUUAUUUGUCUUUCAAAUUUUAAAUUAUGAUCACUUAGUGAUGAUUUCCUUCAAUAAAAACAUAUUUUACGCAAAAAUGUCAAAAAUUUCAAUCCGAGAUCAUUAAUGUUGACCAUUUCUCUUUCGGUUUGUGAAUUAGAGUAGGUACACCCAGUGGUUCUGAUAUAUAUUUCAUAUCCCAAACAUAGACAUGGUAACAUUAAUGAAAUAGCAACAUAAUUUGAACUAUUUGCUGAUAAUAAAUGCAUUGUGUUUACUUUCAAUAUAGAUCGUUGGAAUUAGUGUUCUGUAAAACAAUACUGUUUAUGAAGAAUGACAACUGUUUUUUCCUAAAUUUAUAUCAAUGUCUGUGUUAUAUCUGUUACCCCUGAUGUUUACAGUCAUGCUUUAUAAGAAUUCCAGAGUUUUGAUGAAUAUUAGACAAACAGUGUGUGCCAUUUUCAGUUUCAUCUAAUGGAAAACUUGUGAAUCCGUCACCAUGUAGAAUAUACAAUCAGACUAGAAAUGACAUCAGCAUUAUAAUUGAUUGAAAUGUUGGUCUGUGCUCAAGAGCAUCAGACUCAAUGACAUAGUCCUGUAAUAAUGUCAUCCAUUAUGGUUAACUUAAGAUGUCCAUUUUACUUGUAAAGCUAUAUAUUGGCAGUAUGUUGGUUGUGUAUAAAGAGAAAGUAAAAUUGGCUGGUAGCUUACAUGUACAGUGUGAGAUACAAAUUGACUUAGAUCACCAUAGAACCUGUAUUUUUCUGAAAUGUGAUACAGUCAGUUCAGACUUACUAGUAUAAUAUAUAAUAGUGAUAUUUGUUGAUAUGUUGAAGGGACAUCACAGUAAAAACAUUAAUUUUUUUAUCGAUUAUACAUGUUUUAAACAUUUCCAUUUACGUUUCUAUGCUAUCUCCAUAGUCACAGUUGAUUUCCAGUGUCCAGCACUGUUGAAACAUUAGGAAAGGCAAGACUACAAGUGUAGUGUUCUUAUUUAUUGGUGCAUGUGUUGAGAUAUGUACCAGAGGGUAUGUAUCUGGAGGCUGACCCAGUAUUAAGAUACAGAAAGGGCUUCUAUACCAUUUCUAACAAGGAUGAGUGAUCCAUAAAAUGAUGAAUGAUCAAGGUAGCCAGACUGAACAUGUCUAACUUGUCAAACAUAUAUAAGAUUAAUAUAAUAUUUAUAUCUUUUAUACCUGGUUACUUGACAUAAUUACAUAAAGCAACAUGUAUUUCUGCAAUGUAAGCAAGUAAUCUGCCUAUAGCCUUUGGGCAUAAUGACGAUAAGGUUUUGGAUAUAAUUUGAUAUUCAUAUUUUGCUGAAUAUUAAAUACAAGAUUUUACUGAUAUAAGAUCUUUGAUAUUAAUUAAGAAAUGAUGAAAUAGGGUUCAGCUUGACCACUUCAUUAAUUUGGGAAACCCCUCUCAAAUUUACCACUGAUAAUGGCACACGAUAGUUUUGAAAAUGAGGCUGUAAACAUACCAAGCAGAAACGAUUGCGACAGUAGUGACACAGUCAGUAAAAUCCUGUUUUUCAGCUACAGAUUUUACUAUGGGUGUGGUAGAUGUUAUUUGAUAACUCUAGGUCAGUUCAGAUUUACGAAAUAAGUAAUAUUAAUUGCCAACCAUUCAGACGGAAAGCCAAUUUUGUUUACAAGCAAUCGUGUUUUGUGUGCAUGCUAAUCAUUAUGCAAAUGUUUACAUAUUCAGGCAGUUGAUCAACAGAUAAGGAUUUAAUUUUCAUAAUUAUUAAUUAAUCUUUGUAUGUGGUGGAUAUCUCAGUGAAAACCAACUGUCAUUGAUCAUAAAGUGAUACAUUUUAUAUAUAUAUAUAUGCAAUGAUAAAAAAAAUUAGCAAGAUAAAAAAAAUGAAUGAAUGUGUUAAUAUCUUUGGUCACUAAGCAUACUUCAAAGAGAGUUAGUAGGCACUAAGCGUACUUCAAAGAGAGUUAGUAGGCACUAAGCGUACUUCAAAGAGAGUUAGUAGGGAAUGAUUAUCAUACCUUUGUUUCUACCUGUAACCAGUCGACCAGUUUUUCUUGCUGGUAACUAGCCAUGAAGAAUUAAAGAACAGGUUUAUAUUGUUGCUGGUUGUAGGGUCUUACGUUAUCAGGUCAUAGGGGUCAUUUUCUACCCCAUAGGUCAUAUGAAGGUAUGGGGGUCAGCAAAAUGACUUUGAGUACCAGCACGUGGUGCUGUUUACUUAAGUCAUGUUCUCUGCUGUAGGAAUGUUUCUUCAGUGGAAAUAGGGUUGAAAAAUAAAUCUAUGAUAUGAAAAAUCAUGAUUAUGGAACAAUGUGCAACAUCUAAUUAUAGAAAUACCAUGAAUUAUUUUGUUAUUUUAAUUGUAUGUGCAUUUAUUUAAGCCUGAUGCAGGUAACAAAAUCAUGGACUUGCAUUUUAGUACCAGUCCUGAGUUCCGUUAGGUAAUAAUACAGCCAGGGCUUUUGUUUCAAUCUGUAUGAAAGAGUCUCGAUCUGUCAGUAUACCGAAUGUCACACAAACAUUUGGUACUGUAUUUGUUUUGGUGUGAUGAUAAAGGAGUCUUGUAUUCUCUAAGUCAUUUUUAUCAUAGCCAUACUGAGAAAAAUUACUGUUUUACUUCAAGUAUGUAGAUAUGGUAUUCCAUCAUUACUUAAAUGCUUUUUAAACUUGAAACAACAACUAAAACGUUUUUUGUUUUUUUAAAUAAAAUGUAAAGAAAAUGACAAAGAAGCCCCACAAUUUGUUUUAUUGUUACAACAAACUAUAACCAACCCAAAUUAUCCAUCACAGUUACUACCAUUUUUUACAAUUUAGUCUUCAUUUUCACAACACAUGCAUUUACUGUAUGGCAUCAUAACUUGGUAAAUAAUGGUUUUAAUAUAAACUUUAUAAACUUUAUUUAUUUUACAACAAUUGCGAAACAAGUUAUAUCAACUUAUGCUAAUCACUCUUGUUGGCCCGGAUGUAAACGCGUGAGGGGUCUUAUUGUGGGAGGAAACCGGAGUACCCGGGGAAAACCCACGUGGUCGGGCAGGUAACCCCUUACCUUUUCACUUCCAUUCCGGGAAUCGAACCCCGGUCGGCUAGGUGAAAGAUGAGUGCGUUACCACUGUGCCACCCGACAAUCCAAAACUAUGGUUUUAUCAACACUAUUGUAAAGAUUACAGUCUGUUCAUGUGUUUUCAUAUUCUAUGCUUUAAAAAGUUUCAUAUUUAAGUAAUAGUUUGCUAGCACGCCACAUUUAGGUGAAAGAUGAGUGCGUUACCACUGUGCCACCCGACAAUCCAAAACUAUGGUUUUAUCAACACUAUUGUAAAGAUUACAGUCUGUUCAUGUGUUUUUAUAUUCUAUGCUUUAAAAAGUUUCAUAUUUAAGUAAUAGUUUGCUAGCACGCCACAUUUGUUGUAGGUUUACAGUAGUUUUAGAGAAACAUGGUUUCAAUCAUAGACAUGUUUGAUAAUUUCUUAAUAAAACUGGUGUUAAUUGAUAUAUAUAAGUUCACUUUUUGAUGUCCUCUGUUGACAUUUUGUUCUGAAUAAGAUACCGUAUAACUCUGUCUUAUUGCAAUUAUCAAGUCAUGUAAGUUUUGUUGGUUUUCUGAAAAAAAAUCAUCACAGGACAAUGUAAGUGUUGCCAACUUGCUUAUGAAAAGCAAAAACAAAACUUGAAUAAAAUUUUAAUGAAAAA